AUGGACCGUGGCCAUGUGGUGUUCCAAUUCAACGGAGACGUUGGGACAACCACGAAUCUUGAAGGACAACACAAUUGCGUGUCGAUUGUGACCGGUGGCGAGCUGACGAGAUUGAGCCCACGGCAGGCAGACGGCAAGGUGAUCCUGCCGAUUGACGUUCGUGAGACCCACGAUCCGGAUGGUGGAACUCACAGGCGGCAAUUCUCUUCACCUGCCGAAGCAAUAGGUGCGGUGGUCAAUGCAGGGUCUCGAGCCGGUGUGGAGCGCAUCAUCGGCCUUUGCUGGGAAGUGUUCAAGGCCCUGGGAAUCCCCGAGGACAAGAUGUAUGAGCCUUGGGAGAAUGCGGGGCCGAUUAUCCGUGGAUCUCUGGCGACGGCGAGGAUUCGUGGGGCGUACGUGAGAGAUCGCUCCGACAGUGGAGGCGGUGCAAGCGUGACGCCUGGAGGCGAUGCACUCCGUGCAAGAAGAGAUGCAGAGAGAGCCCACGGGAGAAGACAUCACGAGGAGAUUCGAGAUCACGACAUCGUGGGCGAGGACGUGAUUCAAGGAGACGGAGUGACUCACGAGCUCGUGGUCGACGAGGUGAUUCCCGGAGACGCUCGAGGUCAAGGCCAAGGGAACCAAGAGCACCAGAACGACCUCCCCGACGACCGGCGGCGCCAGAGGACCCACGUCCGAGAGCUGCAGCUGUUCCGAUGCAAGCGAGAUAUCGGUGGACGCAUUGAACGCCAUGAUCGUGAAGUCAGGAGCCCACGAUCGCAUGAUGUGGGAAGGCCCAGGCGAUCGCAAUCAGAACGAGGUCAACGUGAGAUUUCAGACAAAGGUCAGAGGAUGUACGACGACGAUGACAAAAAGGCCCUACUGGAUGAGAGCGUGGCGACGAAGACCGUGGACACCGGUUGGAAUGGUGAGAACCUUGUGGCGAUGCAGGGCACGCCAGAUCUGUGGGACAUGUUUCAAGGUGUUGACUUCUUUGUUUUCAUUAUUGGUUAUGAUUCAGAAGAUCAUCAACUUAUGCAUGGUGAAUUGUUGACAGAGGUUCAAUCGUUUUGUGAAGCAUCAGGAUCACGAUGGAUGAACGUGGAUGCAUUGGACACCACAAGAUGGGACCAGUAUGCCGAGGUUGAAGCCCCAAUCAUCUGUUCCCAGUCCAUUGGCAUGACCACCAACGAUGAUGAAGUCAUGGUGAGAAUGGCUGUUUGGUGUGAUCAAGCCAGCACGUCCCACGAUGAAGAUGACCCUGGAAUGCCUCAUGAAGAAGUGUUCACCGCGUCAUUCCAAGAGCUGAUUUUGGGAUUAGGAGAUGAAUUCCAUGUUGAUUCCAUGACGCGUGCUGCCUUCCCAGCUGCGCUGCAAGAAGAGCAGGCUGAUAGGUUUCAGGUGGAUCCCGAUGAACCACCAGGAGCCGAGUUGAACCGUGAGGCAAUGGCUGAGGAGUUGCUAGCGGAUGAGCAGCUUCUGGACACAGUUGAAGUGCCAGGAUUGCCCCAGAGGGAGGCAGAGCGUAGAGCUGCGUGGAAGAAACUCCCCCAAAGGGUUAGGAUUGCCAUCCGUCGUUUGCGUCGACAGUUUGGCCAGUGCCCCGGGAAUGUUUUGGUGAACUUGUUGAGAGCUGCUAGGGUAGAAAAGAAAUAUGUGAAUGCGGUUCGACUUGACCGUCACCGUUUGUGA